AUGGUUUCAUGGAUCAACUUUGGUACGGACGGCGUUCUAGGUGCCGCUCUCAGUCUGUCUGUUACCACGAUGGGAGCAGGUAUAUUAACGUUACCCUCUGCCUAUGCUGAUGCUGGGAUUGUUUUAGCUACACUUUUGAUGGUAUUUAUUGCCGUCAUGACGGUCUACUCAAUUGAUUUCAUUGUUCAUAGCAUCGAAAAGCUUGGUUUAAAUAGUUAUGAGGAAAUCACACGUAGACUCUUUGGACGUAAGGCAGAAGAAAUGGUUCGGAUUACCCUUGUAACGUAUCUUACAGGCUGUGCGGUCAGCUAUUUGGUUGUUAUUGGGGACCUCUUAGCUCCAUUGCAGCCCAUACUUUCCCAGUAUGUGAAGAUUCUGCUGACGCCGCGGCACACUCUUUUCCUUUACUGGGCGUUUUUUGUUCUGCCCUUAUCAUGCGUUUCAAAUCUGGGAUCUCUGCAUGGGAUUUCCUUCUUGGCUAUCACUUCUACCUUAAUGAUUUCAGGCAUGGUAGUUUACCGCUACUUUGUGCCGAACUCUCCACAGGUAGGCGACAGUUUCUCAAAAAAUGGCAAAACGGCUGCUUAUAUGAAUUCACAGAUGAACAGGGUGUCAUGGUGGUGGGGAAAAAAUUUCCUGCUAACUAUUCCAAUUACAAUGUUUUCCUUCGACUGUCAAUCGCUUGUUUUUCAAAUCUAUGCUGGAUUGAAUAACAUGAGCCGCAGAACCAUGUUUACCGUGGCGACCGUGAGCUUAAUUAUUUCAACAACAAUCCACGGUGUGGUAGGCCUUUUUGGAUACCUAACAAAUCCCACUGAUGUGCGCGAAAAUAUUAUUAAUAACUAUGAUCCUACUUCUGACCGACUCUUUGCGGUGGGUUACAUGAUUUACUUGAUUCCGAUUAACUUGGCAUUCAUAUUAUUGGUGAUUCCAAUUCGGGACUCCGUUUUUAUUCUCUGGUAUGGCUACAGCCAGGCUUCGGUUGCCACGCACGUCCCUCAACCUAAUAGGUUUGUCCGCAUUGUAGAUGAGGAGGAGCAAAUAGCACUGCUCAGCUCCGAGAAUAAUUUAGACACCGAAAGUGAUAUAUUGAUGCACAUGAUUCAGAUGAAGAAAAAGGCUUUGAACACGAUCGAGACAAUCUCAAUGCGAGAUCAUAUGAUAGUUAGCAUCUCACUCAGCAUGAUUUGCAUCACGGUGGCGCUCUUUAUCCCAAACAUUGUCUCGAUCAUAGCACCGCUAGGUGCGAUUUGUAGCUCGACGCUGUGCUUUACGCUGCCUGGGUUGUACCGCUGGAAACUCAACCAACUCAACAUUUCUAAAUAUGCAAACACACUGGAGCAAAUUCAGACAAUCGCUUUAAUAAUUUUAGGUAUCUUUUCGGGUGUUGUCGGUACUAUUGUAAGCAUUAUUGAUUUUUUUUAG